AAAUUUCCCAUAUUAAAAUUCUAGAAGUCGCAUCAUGCCAGCUGCUGCUCUCGUUUUUCUCUUAGUAACUCUCUUCUAAAAUCUCUCUUUCUUUGACUCUCUCACUGUUCGUUUACAAUUAUUUAGCCUCAUUCCCUUCAGCAGUUGUUCCACUCCACCUCACAAAAAGGAAGGAACCGAGAGAUUACUUUUCAAUUUUGACCGUGUUUUAGAUGCUAAAGAAACGAAACCGAGUAACUAGUGAGGAGGAGGAGGAGCAAUCAUGUCUGAUUAUUCCUUCUUAAACGAUCAGCUCUCGAAGCGCACCUCAAUUUUCGGUUUGCGUAUGUGGGUUGUUCUUGGAAUCUGCGUUGGAGCUGCUAUCGUCAUUGUUCUCUUCCUUAUCUCCCUUUGGUUUACUUCUAAACGCCAGAACAAAGCCACCGGUAGCAGCCACAACGGCAGCUUCAAGCCUAUUCAUAACUCUACUAUCCCCAGUGUUUCCAAAGAGAUUCAGGAAAUCCGGGUCGACCCAUCUCGUCAUUCUAAUCCUGACGUCAAGCUUCACCAAGCUUCAAACCCUGACCCACUUCCAGAAUCCGACCAUGUAUUGGCGCUUCAUUCAGAAGAAGACAGCAGCGCUAUCUCUGGCCGCAACAGAAUCCACAUUGAGAUAGGAAAGGAUCAUCGGAUUGCAUAUCCGGAACGUGGAGCCGGGUCGGGUCAUGGAUCGGGUGAGUCCCGUUCUGGUGAUCAGGGGACGGCGAUUAUGGCGGUUCCGGAAGUUUCCCACUUGGGGUGGGGACAUUGGUAUACUUUGAGAGAGCUUGAGGAGGCUACUGAUGAAUUUGCUGCUGAGAAUGUGAUUGGUGAAGGCGGCUAUGGAAUUGUUUACCGUGGCGUCUUGGAAGAUAAUACAAAUGUUGCUGUGAAGAAUCUACUAAAUAAUAGGGGCCAAGCUGAAAAGGAGUUUAAGGUUGAAGUGGAAGCAAUUGGACGCGUACGACAUAAGAAUUUGGUGAGGUUACUUGGUUAUUGUGCGGAAGGAGCUCAUAGGAUGCUUGUUUAUGAGUACGUUGACAAUGGGAAUUUAGAACAAUGGCUUCAUGGAGAUGUUGGGCCUUGCAGUCCUCUUACAUGGGAGAUCCGUAUGAAUAUAGUGCUCGGAACUGCAAAAGGGUUGACAUAUCUGCACGAGGGACUCGAGCCUAAAGUUGUUCAUCGCGAUAUCAAGUCGAGCAAUAUUUUGCUUGACAAGCAGUGGAAUCCAAAAGUAUCUGACUUUGGCCUAGCGAAGCUUUUGGGUUCGGAAAGGAGCUAUGUGACAACUCGCGUGAUGGGAACAUUUGGAUAUGUGGCUCCUGAAUAUGCUAGCACUGGCAUGUUAAAUGAGAGAAGUGAUGUGUACAGCUUUGGCAUUCUUCUCAUGGAAUUAAUUUCUGGAAGAAAUCCAGUAGAUUAUAGCCGGCCUCAAGGAGAGGUAAAUCUGGUCGAGUGGCUUAAAGCAAUGGUUACCAAUCGGAAUUCAGAGGGUGUUUUGGAUCCAAGGUUACCGGAAAAACCUUCUUCUAGAGCACUGAAGCGAGCCCUUUUAGUCGCUUUACGCUGUGUGGACCCAAAUGCUCAGAAAAGGCCUAAGAUGGGGCAUGUGAUUCAUAUGCUCGAGGCUGAUGACUUCCCGUUUAGAGAUGACCGCAGAGCUGGAAGGGAAAACAUGCGGUCACUACGAGAUGGCCUGAAGGAUAGAUUGACAGAUAAACCUGUAAAUGAAUCAGGUGACAGUAGUGGAUAUGAAAGUGGCGCCCAUACUAAUAGAUCAAUAUGGAGAAAACAAGAAUCUGAAGAGCCAUAGCUUUGCAAACUCAAGUUAAGGUGAAUUGGCACAUUUUCUUCAGCUAAUUCCUUACAUCCAGAGCUAGCUCAGGCAAUCAGACUACUUUUUUUUCCCUGUACAUGUAUAAACAUGAUUCAUGUUGUCUUUAAAUGGAAUUUGUUUUUUCUUUUUGUAGAUUAUGUAGGUAUUUUAUGCCAAUCUCAGUAUGUCAUUUGCUAUUUAGUGCAUGUAAUACUGCUUCUUCGCAUAUAUAGUUUCAUCUUGUGCUGUAACUUUACCAA